AUGGUGGGAAUGGUGCAUGGGAAUGCAAAGAAGACUAUUAAUUCUGGCCUCAGCUGGGAAAAGUUCUCAGAGCACAGGAAUUUGGUACAGGAACAGACUUCUCUGGAGCUUUGCGAAGAAAGAAAUAAUUUGCCGGCUCACGUUCCUCCCCAGAGAACUUUGAUGUUUGUGAUGGAUCAUCCCAACAUGACUCACCCUGUGCUUGCUGCUUUCAGUCGUAGCACUGAAACGUCCACUACUGAGAAGAGCGGAGGGAAUGGAAACGAAUACUUCUAUAUCCUGAUUGUUAUGUCCUUCUAUGGAAUCUUUCUCAUGGGAAUAAUGCUGGGCUACAUGAAAUCCAAGAGGAAAGAAGAGAAAUCCAACUUGCUGCUGCUUUACAGAGAUGAAGAGAGGGAAUGGGGUCAAGCUGUCAAACCUCACUCAGCCAUCUCAGAGCUGAAGUCCAUUCAGAUCCCAAUGAUGCUGAACAUGCUGCACGAGAGCAUGGGACCAGCUCUCUCCUGUACCCUCUGCUCUAUGGAAGGGAGCAGUGUGAGCGAGUCUUCGUUGCCAGAUGUUCACCUCACAAUCCAAGAAGAAGCAGCUGAUGGUGAACUGGAGGAAACAGCUGAAGUGCACUUUCUGAAUGGCAGUAGUGAAGGGUCUUCAGAAAGCAUCCACCAACAUUCCUAGCAUUUGCAGGUACUCAGGAGGCACCAUGUUUUGAAAGAACGAAUUGAAAGGUUCCCAGUUUUGCCUCCUACUUUAAUAAUUUCUCCACCAAAGCAUAAGGAGUGGCCUGUAUGAUGCUGGAAGCAGGAAGAAGUAUCAAACAUAAAUGCUACUGAGCAAGCAUUGAAAUAUAUAAGGGACUGCCUUUUAUUAAGGAAAGGAUGGAAAGUUCUUUCAAAGAAAACAGUAGUUUACCUUGCGUUUGUUUAGUCUAGAAUCCUGCAAGUGUCUGGGUGACAGAUGCAAGCACCCAGCUGCCAGCCUGCCUGCCCACUGCAGUCAUGCUGUCCAAGUGUUGCGCCUUGCUCCACCCGCUGUCCAGUGGGCGUCAGUGUUUGCCAUAGGUGCUAUUUUCUGUAGCCAUGACUCGACAAGCACCAGAAUAUCAGCAGCUAGCCCAAUGGAAUUGUGAUUGUAUUUCACUGCAGGAAAUAACAGUAUUCUUUGAAGAGGACUCACAGACAGAAAGUGACACCAUGGUGCUGUGAUCAUCAAGGGCAGGAGUUAUGAAAUGCAAUGGACUAGCCAUGUGUGGCUGUAGGGCAUGUGUAGACACCAGGUUUGUAAAAAAAAAAUAACAGUAGAAUUUGCUUUUUUGGAGGUAAGAAAUGAAGCUGCAUCUACUGACACUAGCAGAAACUGGGCUCACAAUUCAUGCCUACUCUGCCUACUUUUAUUUUAACAGAGCUGCUUAGGAGCAAACUCAGUAAAAUGAAGGGAGGUUUUAUUUUGUGCUAGCUUUGCAUCACUCAUCUUGCAUGUGAUGCACGUGUUCUAUAUAUUAAUUUUUGGGUGGGGACUUUUGCCCCUUUUCAUUUGCUUUUGCAAUUCCUUUUUGCUCAGCACUCCUGUUGGGUGGGGCUGGAGACUCAGAAGGUACAAUUACAGCUAUAGCUAUGGCUUACCAAUUCAGAUAGUGGGUUGGUUCCAGUGGAAAUCUUGCAUUGACCAGGGGGAAGGUCACUAAUUCCUCCCUCUGACAUCCCCCCCCAAAGCUGUUCCUGGAGCCCCCCCCCUUCCCAGGAACAGCAUUUAGGGGCCAUUGUGUGCUGAAGAAGGAGGUAGAGGUGUUCUGCAUAUGGAUAUCCCUUCUUUCAGCCAAAAAAAUUAGGAUUAAAAAAAAGCACGAUCCAGCCAGUUUGUGGAUUGUCAGUAGGCUUGGAAACUGCCUGGAGAAAAAUGGCCUGUCCCUUUAAUAGUGCCUUCACAGAAUAUGAUUGACCAAGUGAUAUUAUUUACCUCCAUGUGGAAAAAACCUUCAGCUGCUCAUUUCCUCCCAUUAAGCCUCUUAACGUGCAUUGCUACUUAAACUACUGCACAAUUAUCAUAAAAGUUGCAACACUGAACCAGAAAAUGAUUACUUCCACCCUGCCAUGCAUUUGACAAAAACGUCAGCAUUUGGAUUGCUUUUGCAAGCAUGAGAACAGAAAUGCUGCCAAAAUGCCUGAGUUUUCUAAGCUAACAUAGCCUGGGGACAUACCCAUUGCCAUUAAAGUUUGGAAUAUAGUCUGGGAAAAUGGCAUGGGCAGUGCCGAGGCAAAUGUUCUGUUUCCACUUUGCAUUUUAAGGCCUCUGUGCCAAGUUCCACCCAAAUGAGGCUAUUCUAAUGUCGUGAAGAGAACUGUCACUUUAUUUUUCUGAUAUCACAGAGAUUAUUACUGUAUCUGGUAGGAAGGCUUGAUUGUUCUCUGAGGAUCAACUGCAAAUCCCAUUGGAGAAAAUGGGACUGAGCACAAGCUGUGGGUUACUUUUUUUUUAACAAGAGGGGUUUUUUUAGUUUUCCAAGACGCCAAAUUUCUGCUUGGCGUUUUGCCUGGAGUCACUUGAAUCCUGAAACUUUCCAACCGAGACUGGCAUGUGACCUGACAGACUGUUCCGUUUUCUUUUUCUUUCUUUUAUUUUGAUACAAAAGGCUGAUGAUUCUUUUUUUUCCUUUCAAAGACAGUCAGUUUUGCAUAUACCUUUGAUACCAAGCUGUAUAUUUGUCUGAUGUAUUUAAUGUUAACUAUUUCUUUCUGAUGACACUGAAUUUUAUUUAAAUAAAGUGAUCACUGUUUUGUGA